GAUAAGACAGCUCAAUCGUUUGGCGGACCAUGGUGUCCCGUCCGAUCACCGUACAGGAUUAGGAUAACGUACUCGUACAGUACCGUACAGGUACCGGUAGGCCUAUCUGUACCAAUUCAGGUUGAUUGCAUAGUGAUUGUUAUGAUUAUUCUGUUAUUUGCCGUUAGUGUUAUGUAAUUCCAAAAUCGGCUCGGCGGUGUGGCGCAUCGUGCUAAGCAUUAGGAAUACGCUCGCCACUGCAUCUAUGAUUACCUAUCGUUGGUUCGCAGGUUCGAAUCCGAAGAAAUAUUAUAUCAGAAUUAAUUUUGAACUUUUCUUGGUAUUCUGUCUUUUUUGUUGUUUUAUUAUAUUAGCUUUUUGCCUGUCAUAUUCAGAUAAUCAUGGCUGCAUGGUGAGUUGGCUUAGAUGACGGUCUGGUCGUAUCACUCCCUCCUGUCUAUACCGAACUAAUUUAUUAAUUGUUAUUAUUUUUUAAUAUUACGAUGACUGUUAUUUUAUUUCGGUUGACGAAAAAAUAAAUCUUUCUCUCUCCAUUAUUGUACAAUUUACGAUAAUCAGAUAUAGGAAUCAACACAUCUUCUAAUUCCAGAAACAGAAAGGGAAUUAUUGUAUCGAGCAAUGCUGCUGAGAAAGAUUGAUAAACUGUUGUUUCGUAGCUUAACUAGAAUUACAAGAGGCAUUACAAGCCCAAGUUUAUCAGAAACGUCAAAUAUUGAUGAUGAUGACCAUUUCGCAGAUCCGGGAGCCCCCAGAGUCGCAAUAACAAAAGACAAACACACUAUAGUACUUUAUCACCCACAAGAAAAAGUGAAAUAUGAAGACACUAUCCCAAUACCAAGAGAUGAUCCGAAAUAUUCUGCUCACGAAAAUUUAGAAUCUUUAGUGCGUGAAAAGUUGGACAAUCUUGAUAUUGCAGAUAAAGCACUGGAUAAACCGAAUAUUCAAAAUCCUUGGCCGAUGCGUAAUAAGGAGACAAUUCCUGUUAUGAUGCAUCUUUCUAAUCUAUUUUACACUUCUAAACAUUUAUGGUGGCCGAAAAGGAAAGACUCAAGGCCACCUAUUAAGCCUGACAGGCCUAAAGAAUAAACUUGAGCCUAACUUACAUGCUUGUCAGUUCGGCACUGCGAUUCCAAGAAAAUCCCCACACGAAAAAACUUCAAUUAUAACAGUGAGCGUAAGCCAAAUCGACAUGAAUUGGUAAACUGGCACUGCGCAAAAAACUAACACGAAGCACAAUCCUUCUUGGAAUUUGGAAACUGUGCCCUACUGCUUAUGGUAUGAGCUGCAUUAACAAAAUUUUGUGUUGCUAUGCUCAUUUGACAGAUAUCUUAAUGAACCAUGUGAUUCUAAACUUUCAGAACUCGAAAAAAGAUUUUGAUUGUCAAACUCUGUUAGUUGUGAGCUUUCACCUGUUCAUUAUACGUGUACGUGUCUAUCCUCAUUUGACUGAUAUUGCAAUUUGUAAUGAACUUUGGAACUUGUUCCUCAAAAAAAGUUUCCGUUUGUCAAACGCGGUUGGCUGUAAACUCACACCUGUUUAUUGUCAGUGUACCUACGUCUAUAUUUGACAGAUUGCGUAAUUCGUGAGGAACCGUGUCAUUCUGAACUUUUCCCUGAAAAAAGUUCUUGGUUGUCAAUUUUGCUUGGCUCUAUCCUGUUUAUUGUCAGUGUACCUGCCAGACUAUGUUAUUAUUAAGGGUUUUUUCCAAAGACUUCAGUUUCCUGGAAUGUACUGUCUCGUACUGAUAUUCUGAUUGUAUUGACAAGUCAAAUUUUGAAUAUUUUUACAUUUUCUCUGUGUUUAUUAGAUAUGGAAGGAUGAUAUCAUGCUGCUUGUUUCAUGUUAAUUUAUUCUUAAAAUCAACAAAUUUGCAAUGUUUAUAUCUGAAUAGAUAAAAAUCAUGCCUAUGCCAAAUUAUUCUCUGAAAAGUUUAAAAUAAAUCAUAAAGGGUAAAUGAAAAAAAGGAAAAAAUUUUCACAUUCAAAACAAUAAUUGGGAUUUUCUGAAUUCUGAACGGUCAUUUUUCUAAAGAACAUUUUCGUUUUAUGAAAUUUUAUUCAUACACACACAUUUUUUCUUGUUUUAUGGAACGUAUCGUAAGUCAUUUGAACAUUAUCUUGUUUUUCUGCAAAAAUGUGAAUUUUUCAUUCAGA